AUGCCCGGCAAAAUCAUACCCGUAACCUCCGCUUCGCACUUCUCCCAACUUCUGUCGCAAUCCAAAUACACCAUCGUCGACUUCUACGCGGAUUGGUGCGGACCAUGCAAGGCAAUUGCGCCAGUCUUCCAGGGCUUGGCAGAGAAAGAGACUAAGCCAGGCAAGAUGCAAUUCGUCAAGGUAGACGUGGAUAGCCAACAGGAAGUUGCAAAGAAGUAUGGCGUCAGCGCUAUGCCAACCUUUCUCGUCAUCAAAUCCACCUCCGUCGUCGAAACCAUCCGAGGCGCCAACCCCGCAGCCCUCACAGCCGCCGUCCGUAAAGCCGCAAACGAUACUUCUGGCCCGGGUGCCGCUUCCGCCGUCUUCUCUACCAAAGGCCGCACGCUUGGCUCCGCUUCAGAACCAAGUCGGCCUGUAGGCGAAAGCCCAUUUGCCGGCCUACAAAGGAUGCUGACUGGCAAUGGUGGACUGAGCGAUACGCUGGUCAGGUUUGCAGCGCUGUACUUUGUCAGCCUGUUCGCGUUUGACUCUUUCAAGGCCGCGGAGGAGAGUCCGUUCAAUGUUCGCGCGAGACGCUGGAACCACGCCCAACUUUUAGAAAACUACCGCGAACUUUACACAGAGUACGACAAGUACGCACAGCUCGCCGCGCAGUUCGACGGCCCCAGAUUACCGUUUGGACGAGAGCGCGCGCUUCACAACCUAGUCAAUGCACGAGCGAAGGUGGAGCAUGAUAUCAAGAGACUUAAGAAGGCGUACCAAGAAGAGUGGAUGAAACUAGCGUGCCAGAAUCUCGAUGCGAAGCUCCGUGAGGCACUUGAACAAAGUAGAGACACACUGGCAGCUGUCUUAGACGAAGAUCGCCGCCUUGCGCAUGACCAACUAAUGAAAGAGAAGGCAGAGUUGCAGAACGAGAAGAGUAGCCUGUUGUUGCAGUUGCGAGAAUUGUUGUACAGAUAUAAAGAGCUGCUGGAGAAGCAGAAGAAAGGGGAGAAUGAUUGCAAUGUCAGCAAUGUGCAAGAGGUGGAAGGCGAGAGAGACCUGCUUCGAGAAGACCUCGAUAUUGCUCGGGUGGAGUGUGAGAAGUUGAGACAAGAAGUAAAAUACCUUCAGGAGGUAUUUGGGGUAAAGGAUUAG